AUGUCCACUCAAUCGUUACACGCACGUCUUCCGGCCCUGAAUUGUCCUGUCAAUUUGUCCUACGAGAUCUUCCUCCAUAUCGUUGACGCGAUGGUUUCAGAGAGUUGCGAAGUGCUUAGAUACGAAAAUGCAACCUACACUCUCGAUUACCAAAGGCAAUUUCUUCGAAGCCAAUUUUCCAUCGUACUGGAAGAUAGAUGGGACCCUGAAGGCGUCAAGAUACAGGAGCGUCGAUGGAACGAAAUUCGCACCCUUCUACAAGUCGACAAAACUAGCAGACGCAUGGUUAGACAAGUCUUCGUUCCUAGCAACAUUAUACGCGUCAUGUACUCUCAACAAAAGUAUGAUUCUCAACACAAGGUCGGAUGGUUUCGCACGCUGCCAGGAGGUGUACUUCCAGAUACUGACAUUUUCGAGAUAGCGCCGGACGCGGAGAGCAUCAUGCGUGGAUCUUUCAGCCUUCGAAAUCUUCCCCAACCCGAAUAA